AUGUCCGAAGCGCUGGACAACAACGACAGGGAUCCCAGCAGCGACUUUGCUGACCUCGACGAGCAGCCUCAGCUUCAGGUCAGGGUGGUGUCCCCGAUCAGGAUGGAACCGCUUCCUGCCUUCCAGGUGGCCGAUGCUGGAGCCACCGUCUCUGUCGUGUGCAAGGUCCUUGCCAAGCCCAAUCCUCGCGUGUCCUGGUUCGUCGACGGCGUUCCCCUGAACGUCUCCGAACAGCACCUCCGCAGGAGCUCGCUCUCGCGAGACCGAGGGAGCGACGUCGAAGACGCCGUUCUCACCAUCCGAGACGUCUCGCCCAACGACCGCAACGUGUACACCUGCCGGGCCGAGCACCACCAGUGCCGAAGCGUCGCGACCGAAACGUCCACCCGCCUCUUCGUGUGGGCCCAGAGCAUCCACACCAACGAACGCUUCCCCGGGUCCGGUCUCCUCGUUAAGCCUUACGACGACACUCUGGAAUUGUCCUGUUCGCCAGCGGCCAACGAAAGCAGCGCCGAUUUCGACUGGGACAAAGACGGCGCGAGACUCAACGCCAGCCAAGGGGUCACGGUGUCAGACGACACAACCAGCCUGACCAUCAGACAUCCCACGCAGGCGAACGCCGGCAACUACAGCUGCAAGAAGCGAGGCACCACGGAGACGGCCACCAUCGAGGUUCGCUACAAGGUGACGUGCGUGAUCGACAGGGAGCUGUCCUCUCCGGAGCCUUCGUACUGGAUGGCGGACGAAGGCGCCAGGCUGGUGGCCAAGACCACCGGGGUGCCGACACCCCAGGUGAGCUGGCUCAAGGACGGCAAGCUUCUUCGUGAAGACGGCAAGAGAAUUCUCUUCGAGGACGUCCAUAACACGACUCGCGGGGGCCUUAUCAUCCGUCAAGUCGUGGACGGCGACCGAGGGGUGUACACCUGCAUCGCCAGCAAUGGUCCCGACACAGACAAGGAAGAUGUGAUGGUCAGGGUCAGGAGCAGGUACGCGCCUCUGGUGCCUUUUGUCGGGAUCGUGAUUCAGGUGGUAGUCCUGUUGACCAUCAUCUACGUCACCGAAACCCGCCGGAUUCGAAAGGAAGCGGAGAGGGAAGCCGCGGCUGAGCAGCGACGGGCUCAACGGGAACCGUCCAUUGUCACAGACAAGAAGGACGACUGA